AUGCACACCCACGGCGCAGACAGCCGGAAUGAGAUGGUGCCUUUCGCGCCUGCUCGAAGCAGUCUCGCCGCAUCGGCAAGGCUCCGAGCAGGCUCGGACGCUUCCGUCACCGACAUCGGCAUCUUCGCUCCUGCUCCUACCGCAGACAUACAACACAGGCCCGCCUCCCACCGCAUCGUUACCGGCUCCGCAUCGUUGCAUCGCGUCGGCAUCCAAAAAGCAUCGGCAUCCCGCAUUCGCUCCUGCUCCCGCAUCGGCAACACCCGAGCAUCUGUCAGCCUCCCACCGCACGCGCUGAGCUCGCAUCCACUGCCGUCUUACGCCCACGGACAUUCAGCAUCGAGCCGCCUCUACGCUCUUACCGACCCCCUCCCUCCCCGGCUCGCUGAUCGACACUGGACAGCGAGGCGACCAUCCGCCUCUGCCGUCCUUCUCCACAGAACCAUGGGCAGCGAUCUGGAUCUGCAGAUCGAGCAGCUCAAGAAAUGCCAGCCGCUCUCCGAGACGCAGGUGAAGGAGCUCUGCCUCAAGGCGCGCGAGAUCCUGAUCGAAGAGGGUAAUGUGCAGCAUGUCGAUGCGCCCGUCACCAUCUGCGGCGACAUUCACGGCCAGUUCUUCGACCUCAUGGAGCUCUUCAAGCACGGCGGCAUGUGUCCCGAGACCAAUUACCUCUUCUUGGGCGACUUCGUCGACCGUGGCUUCUACUCGGUGGAGACAUUCUUGCUGCUGCUUGCGUUCAAGGUGCGCUAUCCGGACCGCAUCACGUUGAUACGCGGCAACCACGAGUCGCGCCAGAUCACGCAGGUGUACGGCUUCUACGACGAGUGCGUGCGCAAGUACGGCAGCGUCAAUGUAUGGCGCUACUGCUGCGAGGUGUUUGACUACCUGGCGCUCGGGGCCGUGGUGGAUGGACGUGUGUUUUGCGUGCACGGCGGCUUGUCACCGAGCAUCUCGACGCUCGAUCAGAUCCGCAACAUCGACCGCAAGCAGGAGGUGCCUCACGACGGCGCCAUGUGCGAUCUGCUCUGGUCCGACCCAGACGACAUUACGGGGUGGGGCAUGAGUCCGCGUGGAGCGGGGUAUUUGUUCGGAGGAGACGUGGUGCAGCAAUUUGCGCAUACCAACGAUCUUGACCUCAUCGCGCGCGCCCAUCAACUCGUGCUCGAGGGAUACAAACUCAUGUUUGACCAGACCAUCGUCACGGUAUGGUCGGCACCCAACUACUGUUAUCGAUGCGGUAACGUCGCCUCCAUCCUGAAGCUCGACGACGCCCUCAAUCAGAAGUACGAGACCUUUGAUGCCGCCGCGCAAGAGGCGCAUGGCGUUCCCGCAAAACGUCCCGCUCCCGAAUACUUUCUCUAA